AUGCCACACCUAUCUACGACGGUUGACGCCGCCAAUACUGGCACCGAAGACGCUGAGCAACUCAAUUUCCCCCCCAUCUCAAAGGAUCACAUAUUGAACUGCUCGUAUGACUCAUGGUUUCUUGGCUACAAGAGUUCUUGUCUGAGAUCGAGAAUCAUCUCUUUACCACCAGCCGUGGUGUCAUAUCUCCAAGAGGACGGCAUCAUCCUCGCUGACGAUGAGGCUGAGCAGCAUCCAGAAGAGGAAUGGCACUCUGAGGGCGCGAAAGGCUCUAGGGUGGAAGAGGUCUAUUCCUCAGAUGAGGAAGACGAGCCAGAGAUCGAUUCCAGGCCGCCGAAUGAGAGGUUCCCCGAAACACAUCGGCUGAUCAAAGAAACAAUCGCUGAACUGGGAGGAGCCGUGGUUCCGAAGCUCAACUGGUCGUCGCCAAAGGAUGCGAAAUGGGUUAACCCCCAUCAGAAUACACUUCGGUGCACCACACCCAGCGACAUAUACCUGCUUCUCAAAUCCUCCUCUUUUGUUUCGCACGAUCUGAACCAUGCUUUCGACCACUGCGAUGACACUCCGGCGAAGCAACCUUUUGCGCCGGUCUUAGUCCUGAGGCCUUUUUUCAACCCCCAUAACGCUCUCGAGUUCAGGUGUUUCGUCAAGCACAGAGCGCUCAUUGGUAUCACCCAAAGGGACCUUAACCAUUACGACUUUUUGGCGGAUCUUAGACCCAACCUGACAAGGAAGAUCAAGCACUUCUUCGAAAGUGUCUUGCGCUUCACUUUCCCGGACUCGUGCUUCGUUUUCGAUGUCUAUGUUCCCGAGAACGAUGAUGCCGAAGACGGGCUCGGCAAAGUCAGGCUGAUUGACAUCAACCCCUGGUCUCCAUCUACCGACAGUUUACUGUUCUCAUGGAAAGAACUUUUGGAUCUCGAGGUGAAGAAGCCAAUCUACGGUUCACUCAGCCAAGACGAGGCAUCAGGAAGCGCCAGCGAGGAAGAUUUCACCACUUCCGACGAGACUGAUGAGGAUGGCGCGGCUGGCCAGGGACAGAGUUUUGGCCAGCUCGAGUUUAGGCUCAUUGAGAAGGACGAUCCGGCCGCCUACAACUUCAGUGCGCCCCAAUACUCGGCCCACAAACUGCCCAAGGAGGUCGUUGAUGCCAGUGCUGCCGGGGGAAGUGGUCUUCGAGACUUCCUGGCCCAGUGGCGGGUGCUGACAGAGGGAAAAGGCGAUGGGAUGUGGGAACACGCUGAAGCUUCAGGUGGCACUAGUACAUAG